UUUGGCGGGCGGUUGUGACGUCACGAGCCCACGUCCGGUGGCUGCUACUCUACUGCAUCGAAUAGGGCCUUUGGCUGAGUAAGAGGGACAGGGGCGCGGAGCUCCGGGAAAGUGCGCAAGGCGCCGGAAAGCUGAACUCUGGAGUCCCUCAUCGCCCUCGCAGCUGCAGUAAAGCGGAAGUUCUGCUGCAGCCGGAGCCCGGGGUUCCUCCUGGAGCCGCGUCUGGGGGCCGAGCUGCUCCGAGCUGAGCAGAGCAUCCUCACUGGGUGAGGGGAGGAGGGGACUUGGCGCGUUCCACUCGCUGCACCCAGAGCUGCAGUCGGAGGUGUUCAGGCCUCGGAGCAGCCAGGCUCCUCUGACGAAAACCUGGAUUUAUUUGCUCGCCGGACGUUUGCCUUAAAAAAAUGGACAAAGACACAGCCCUCCAGGGAUUCCUGUUUGCUGGACCCAAAGAGCGCCUUUUUGCUUCAAGACGUGUUUGAUGUUCCUGUUUUCCGCAUUGUGAUAACGCUGUUGGGCAUAAUAUUGAACACAAAACUGUGCAUUUGCUCUCUGUGGUUGGCCGAAAAUAGGAUUCUUUUUCUUGCAGGUGUCUUUGUUUAAUAGACUUUAUUAAUAUAUGAAAAUGGCUGUACCCAAAGCCGCCGUCCCUUCACUGUCUGAGUGCCAAUGCGGGAUCUGCAUGGAAAUCCUCUUUGAGCCCGUCACCCUCCCGUGUAACCACACGCUCUGUAAACCGUGCUUCCAGUCGACUGUCGAAAAGGCAAGUUUAUGCUGUCCCUUCUGUCGUCGCCGCGUAUCUUCCUGGACUCGGUACCACACCCGAAGAAAUUCCCUUGUCAACAUGGAACUGUGGACGAUAAUUCAAAAACACUAUCCAAGGGAGUGCAAGCUUAGAGCCGCUGGACAAGAAUCAGAGGAAGUCGCUGAUGACUAUCAGCCAGUUCGUCUGUUAAGUAAACCUGGGGAAUUGAGAAGAGAAUACGAAGAGGAAAUAAGUAAGGUGGAGGCAGAGCGACGAGCCACCGAGGAAGAAGAAAACAAAGCCAGUGAAGAAUACAUACAGAGGUUAUUGGCAGAAGAGGAAGAAGAGGAAAAAAGACAGGCAGAAAAAAGGCGAAGAGAGAUGGAAGAACAACUGAAAAGUGAUGAAGAACUGGCAAGAAAGUUAAGCAUUGAUAUUAACAAUUUCUGUGAGGGAAGUAUCUUGGCUUCUCCCUUGAAUUCCAGAAAAUCUGAUCCAGUUAGAGCCAAGUCUGAAAAGAAAAGUAAGAACAAACAAAGAAACACUGGAGAUAUUCAGAAGUAUUUGACACCUAAAUCUCAGUUUGGGUCAGAUUCACACUCUGAAGUUGUACAAGAAGUCAGGAAAAACUCCAUAUCUAAGGACAUUGACAGUAGUGAUAUCAAAAGCCCAACAUGCCAAGACACAGAAAUAGAAGAUAUGCCAACACUUUCUCCACAGGUAUGCCUUGGAAUUGGAGAACAAGGUGCAGAUUCUUCAAUAGAAUCCCCCAUGCCAUGGUUAUGUGCCUGUGGUGCUGAAUUGUACCACGAAAGAAAAGUCAAAACAGGGCCACACAAUCAUGAUAAAGAGUAUGUCUUAACUCCCAAGGGACCUGAAACCAGAGAUCCCAACUCUAAAGAAACUGCGGUUGUGCCUAUUGGCAGAACACAGAGUGAGUGUGCCACAUCAGGGAUUACACAGACAAACGGAAACAGCACAGGUGAGACGGAAAACGAAGAGUCUUGCCUACCGAUCAGUAAGGAUAUUUCCAAAAGAAAAAACCAAGAAUCUUCCUUUGAAGCAGUCAAGGAUGCAUGCUUUUCUGCAAAAAGAAGGAAGAUGUUCCCCAACUCUUCCUCAGAUCAAGAGGAAACAGAAACAAACUUUACCCAAAAACUGAUAGACUUGGAGCAUCUCCUGUUAGAGAGACAUAAACAAGAAGAACAGGACAGGUUAUUGGCAUUACAACUACAGAAGGAAGUGGACAAAGAACAAAUGAAGCCAAACCGGCAAAAAGGAUCCCCUGAUGGGUAUCACUUACGUGCUACAUCCUCACCUCCAGACCAAGUGCGAAAUGGACAGAGGAAGAAUUCCAAAGAUAGGAACUUCGAAAGGCAAACUGAUACAGAGCACCCCAAACCUGAGAGAAGCUCAAGGGACGAAAAUAGGCAACUGUCUGUUAGGACGCAGCUGAAGCAUUCAGUUAAUGGACGAAAGACGCCAAAUGCUACUAGAGAUCAUUGUAAUGUAACCAGAAGUGCUCAUUCCCUACAGCCAAACAUUUCACAGAAAAGCAUUUUUCAGAUGUUUCACAGAUGUCCAAAGUAAUGCAUGCCUUUAAAGGGAGUGCUUUGUAAUCUAGUAAAGCUGGAUUGUGAAGCUCUUUUCUAUCACAGUCUUUAUACAUGUGUCAUUCAUGCUGCUCUCUAGGUACACUCAUUGUCCUUAAUUAAAGGUCUGUGUGGUUGUAAGGACAAUACCUUAUGCUUUGGCCAACUCCAAGAAGUCUUGGUGUCAUUCGUUUUCCAAAAAAUGCAUGUUUUUUGGCCUUUGCUCACUUUUUUGUCAUGACUGGUAAUCAAAUCAAGAUUAUACUAUUCUAAGUAAUUAAGGAACCCAUGCAGGGUUUAAAAUCCACAUUUUCUUGGCUAUUGUCCCACAUUUACAGAGUACUCAAAAUGUAUUUUCCUGAAGUGAUCUAAUUUCCAUCUCCAAUUUAAAUUUUCAGCAUUGUA